CCCACCGCGUCCUGUGCAGCUCAGCCUUCACCCGAUGAGUCUGUGCUGCAGCUACAGUUCGCUGUCAGCCUCCAGACUGUCAGCUCUUCCACCUGGUGCUGGUGUGAGUCUGUGUGCAGUUUUUAGCAGAGGGACAGUUAAGACGCUGCUGAUGAUGGUGGCUAAGAUGAAGAGAAUGGGCUUCCCUCAGCCUCCACAAGCUCAGGUGAGCCCUGGGCUCCAGACUGAGUGUUAGCAAUGCUGCGGCAGUCGGACCCGAGCUCCAGCACCCUGCAGCUGGUGGCCAACGAUAUGACCGGCAUCAUGGAGAAACUGGACACCCGUGAGCUUGACCUGGGAGAUGGAGACUACGACACCACGGACUCCAGUGCUCCAGCGGGGCACUUGUCUUUCCAAACCAUCUACCACACGGUGGGUUUCAAGGACCCUGAAGCCAAAGUGUUCCUUUCGUUACCCAUCACCGCCAAGAUCCUGGAGGUGGAGCGGUUCACGUCGGUUCAGGACCGCUUCAACGUCACCACCCAGAGGAGCGUCAACAAGUCGAUGCCGGCGGUGUUUAAGAUAGAGCUGAAACACGGCGAGUUCACGUGGGUGGUGAAGAAGAAGGAGAAGCACUUCAUGGAGCUGCACAAGGAGCUGAGGACGUACAAGACCUUCAUGAAGCUGCCGCUGCCGUCGCGCAGCCACACAAUAAAGAGGAAGACAGUGGCGAGGAGCGGUGAGGGGCAGAUCCCCAACCUGCCCCGAGGAGGAGGAGAGGAGCUGGACAGAGAGGGGCAGGUCUCCAGUCGCAGGAAACAACUGGAGGAUUACUUGAAUAAGCUGUUGAAGAUGCCGAUGUACAGGAACUACCACGCUACGAUGGAGUUCAUCGACGUGAGUCAGCUGUCCUUCAUCCACGACCUGGGACCUAAAGGCCUCGAAGGAAUGGUGCUGAAGCGAUCCGGCGGCCAUCGGAUUCCUGGAAUCAACUGCUGUGGGCACAGCAAGAUCUGCUACCGCUGGUCCAAACGGUGGCUGGUGGUGAAGGACUCCUUCCUGCUGUACAUGAAGCCGGACUCGGGGGCCAUCUCCUUCGUGAUGCUGGUCGACAAGGAGUUCGGCAUCAAGAUGGACUCCAAAGACACGGAGACCAAACACGGCGUCCGCGUCGACAGCCUCUCCAGGUCUCUGGUGUUGAAGUGCAGCAGCUACAGACACGCUCGCUGGUGGGGCCAGGCCAUCGAAGGCUUCGUCAAGAAGCACGGCUCCGCGUUUCUCACCGAUCAUCGCUUCAGGUCCUUCGCCAAAGAGAAGGAGAACAUUCCUGCCAAAUGGUACGUGAAUGGGAGGACGUACAUGGAGGACGUGGCUGAUGCUCUGGAAGGAGCCAAGGAAGAAAUCUUCAUAACAGACUGGUGGUUGAGUCCAGAGAUCUUCCUGAAGAGGCCGGUGGUGGAAGGCAACCGCUGGCGCCUGGACUGCAUUUUAAAACGCAAAGCGCAACAAGGAGUGCAAAUCUUCGUGAUGCUGUACAAGGAGGUGGAGUUGGCUCUGGGCAUCAACUCAGGAUACAGCAAGCGGACGCUGCUGGGCCUCCACCCCAACAUCAAGGUCAUGCGUCACCCAGACCACGUGUCGUCCACCGUGUACCUGUGGGCGCACCAUGAGAAGAUCGUAGUGGUGGACCAGUCGGUGGCCUUCGUGGGCGGCAUCGACCUGGCGUACGGGCGCUGGGAUGACCGGGAGCACAGGCUGACGGACAUCGGCAGCGUGACGCUGUCCAACCUGGACCAGACCAGAGCCGCUCCCUCCACCAGUGCAGAGCCGGCCAGCGGCAGGGGCGUGCUGACGGUGUCGGACUCGGUGGAGCAGCCCAGACUGAGAGGCCACGGCAAGAGGAAGAGCCGGUUCAGCAUCAGGAGACACCUGCAGAAACACGGGCUGGCCCAGGCCGACAGCGACAGCGACCUGGAGGCCGAGGACAGUUGGUCCCACAGCGUGUCCAGCCAACACAGCCUGAUCCCCGGCAGGCUGGCGGAGCUGAGGGCGGCCGCUCCCGUCGGCCAGGGUCCGGCCGGAAGCGGGUCGAUGCGCAGUCUGCACACGGGCGUCGGUGAGCUCUUCGGGAACACGCGCUUCUGGCACGGCAAAGACUACUGCAACUUUGUGCACAAGGACUGGAUCCAGCUGGACAAGCCGUUCGAUGACUUCAUAGACAGACACGCCACUCCCAGGAUGCCGUGGCACGACAUCGCCGCCGUGGUCCACGGCAGAGCGGCUCGCGACGUGGCCAGACACUUCAUCCAGCGCUGGAACUUCACCAAGCUGGUGAAGCCAAAGUACAACAGUGCGUCGUUCCCGUGUCUGCUGCCCAAGUCUCACACCACGGCAGGAGAGGAGCAGUACCAGGUACCGGACAGCGUCCGGGCCAGAGUCCAGAUCCUCCGCUCGGCCUCCGACUGGUCCGCCGGCAUCAAGUACCACGAGGAGUCGAUCCACGAGGCGUACGUGCACGUCAUCCAGAGCAGCCAGCACUUCAUCUACAUAGAGAAUCAGUUCUUCAUCAGCUGUGCAGACAACAAGCACGUUUUCAACCGGAUCGGAGACGCUAUCGCUCAGCGCAUCAUCAGAGCGCACAGGGAGGGGAAGCGGUACCGGGUGUUUGUGGUGACGCCGCUUCUUCCAGGCUUUGAAGGAGACAUUAACACUGGGGGCGGCAGCGCCAUCCAGGCCGUCAUGCACUUCAACUACAGGACCAUGAACAGAGGAGACCAGUCCAUCAUCUCCCAGCUUAGGAGGGAGCUGGGAGACCAGUGGAUCAACUACAUCUCCUUCGCUGGUCUGAGGACUCACGCUGAGCUGGAAGGCAAACUGGUCACAGAGCUCAUCUACGUUCACAGCAAGAUGAUGAUCGCCGACGACAACACGGUCAUCAUCGGCUCUGCCAACAUCAACGACCGGAGCAUGCUGGGAAAGCGGGACAGCGAGGUGGCGGUGAUCGUGGAGGACACGGAGCUGGUGGCCUCGGUGAUGGACGGGCAGACGUACCAGGCCGGAAAGUUUGCUCUGCAGCUUCGCCUCGAGUGUUUCAAGAUGAUUCUGGGCGCCUUCACGGACGCCUCCAUCGACGUGUCCGACCCCGUCAGUGACCAGUUCUAUAAGGAGGUGUGGAUGACCACCGCCGCCCGUAACGCCACCAUCUACGAGAAGGUUUUCCGCUGUCUCCCGUCCAGCGACGUCCGUAACCUGCUGGAGCUGGAGGUCUACCUGUCCAAGCCGAGCCUGGACAAGGAGGACGCGGCCCGCGCCCACGAGGAGCUCAAGAAGAUCCGCGGCUUCCUGGUCCAGUUUCCUCUUCAGUUCCUGUCCGAGCAGAACCUGCUUCCUCCCAUUGGCUCCAAGGAGGCCAUGGUCCCCAUGGAGGUCUGGACCUGAGCCGGAGAGAAUCACGUGUGCGUUCAAGCGCUUCAUCGUGCGCUGAUGUCUGCUCUAGCGCCUCGUGGAGGCUGAUCCAACAGCACGUACAGUUCAGCACCAAAACUGAGUGUGAAGCCUCGGUUUCUCCACUGCCGCUGAACGCACCAUCCAUGAAGACGUCACCCUAACAAAGAAACAGAGGUCCUCUAUCACUAUGCAACCUCUCAGCUCUGACUCUGAGGAUGAGGGGUUGCCUGACGUCUGACGUCUCCAGCAGGUUCCUCAAACUGUUCUCGUCUCCCAGUCAAGUGCCAAAGCAGAUGAAAGGUGGUGAACUACUCUCCUGCUACGGUGGAGUCAACGUCAGGCUCUUCUUUCUAGCUCUUUCCACAUUUAAUUGUGCACGUUUGUUAUGAAGCUUUUUCAUGUGAUGUCAGGAAACGCAGCGUCCAGCAGUUUGCAUUGGUUUACUUGAAACUUUUGUUGAUCCAAGUGCAAAAGGGUUUUAAAAUUCAGCAAACAGAUGUUUCUAUGAGUUUAUUUUUUUAACUAGUGAAAUUAAUUGUACUGAACAGUCUAUGGUUUAUUUAGUCCAUGUUGUAAUGGUCACAGCUAAUGGGACACAAGUGUUCAGGUGAUUAAUAUUGUGAUUAAUACUUUAGUUUUCUGUUUGCAGUUUUAUAAGUUAAGAAAACUUUAAGAUUCUGGAAAGAAAACAAUUUGUAUAAAAAACGUUCCAGAAACCAGACGUCUGUACUUUGCUUGUUGGAUGUUGAAUUUCCUGGCGUGCCCUGAAUGCAGCGCUGCUGUUAUCCUCCGUGUCUGUGCUAAACCGCUGGCUCACAGCAUGACAGCAGCUCGAAGCAUGAACGUCGCUGAUGCUGAACUGGGCCUGUGGUCAAGCUGCUCGCUGCUGAAUGCACCUGAGACGCCUCCUCCUGUUGUGCAUGAAUGACUGGACCUGACCUUGACGUGCUCUCGACCUCCCUGUGUUUCUACCUCCGUCUCCAGUGUUUCUUUAAUCAGUCUGCUCCUUAAACCUGAAAAACCCAGCCGUUGUGUCUUUUCUGUCUCUGAUCUGUGUCCUUAUGAAAAUGCACUAUUUGCACAGAUUGCAUCAUGUAUGAUGGUGAAACCAUGCAACUGAAGGAAUAAAGGAAGUCAGUGAAACGG